AACAUGAAUUCAUCAUCAAUUCCAAAUUGUGUUGAUAAAUGGGUGAAUAAUAUCCAUGAACAAAAUGUGCAACAUGGCCAAGAAAAUAUUGUCAACAUUGAACCUCAUUUGGGAAUGAAAUUUGAAUCUGAAGCCGCUGCUUAUGAAUUUUACAAUGAGUACGGUAAAAGAAAUGGAUUUGGUAUUCGUCGAGAAUAUUUUAAUAAAAGCAAAGUAGAUGGAGUUUUGACUUCAAGAAGAUUCACAUGCUUCAAAGAGGGUAAACGAAGUGUUGACAAAAGACGUACAGGAGAACAUAGAGCAGAAACCAGAACGGAAUGUCCAGCACGUAUGGUUAUUUCACUUGAUCGGAAGAUAGAGAAAUACAAUGUUGUUGACUUUAUAGCUCAACAUAACCAUCCACUUCAACCACCCGAGCAUGUUCAUAUGAUUCGCUCUCAUCGGCACAUAUCUGAGGCACAAGCAACACAAAUUGUCUUGGGAGAUGAAUCUGGAUUAAGACCAAAAGAUUUGCAUGAAUAUAUAUCCAGACAAGCUGGUGGAAUAGAGACUGUUGGUUUUACAAAAAAAGACCUUAAGAAUUACCUACAAACCAAAAGGAAUCAAACAUUAAAGCAUGGUGAAGUGGGUGCAUUGAUGAUGUAUUUCAAACAAGAAAGUGAAAAUCCCUCAUUCUUUUAUGACUUUCAAAUGGAUGAUGAAGAGCAAAUAAUAAAUAUAUUUUGGGCGGAUGCACAAAUGAUAAAUGAUUAUGGGUACUUCAGUGAUGUCAUCACUUUUGACACUACAUACAAGACAAAUAAGGAUUGUCGACCGUUGGGAGUAUUUGUUGGACUCAAUAAUCACAAGCAAACUGUCAUUUUUGGGGCAACAUUGUUAUAUGAUGAAACAAUAUCUUCUUUUCGGUGGUUAUUUGAAACUUUUCUCAAAGCAAUGAGUGGAGAAAAGCCUAAAACUAUUCUAACAGAUCAAGAUGCCGCAAUGGCUAAGGCGAUUUCUUUAGUUAUGCCAGAAACAUUUCAUGGAUUGUGCACUUGGCAUAUAAGACAGAACGCUGUAAGACAUGUGAAUCAUUUAUAUCAAAGGAGUUCGCAAUUUAAUUUAGAUUUUGAAGCAUGCAUGGAUCUACAUGAAGAGGAGGUUGAACUUUUGAAUGCAUGGAAUUCUUUACUUCUUGAGCAUAAUGUUUUGGAAGGUUCGUGGUUGCAUACAAUUUUUCAAUUCAAGGAAAAAUGGGCAUGGGCUUAUGUUCGGAAAACAUUCACUGCAGGUAUGAGAUCUACUCAAUUAAGUGAGAGCUUUAAUGCUGAUUUAAAAAAGCAUUUGAAGUCAGAUUUAAAUUUGGUACAAUUUUUUACACACUUUAAAAGGGCUGUCGAUGGUAAACGUAACAAUGAGUCAGAAGCCGAAUAUGACUCAAAACAUAAGUUGCCCAAAUUGAAAAUGAAGGCUCGUAUGCUCAUUCAUGCCGGAGAUGUUUACACUCCAAGAAUUUUCCAGGAAUUCCAAGAGGAAUAUGAACAAUAUCAAAACUGCUACAUAAAGGAUUUGCAAGGAGGUUUGUAUGUUGUAACAAAUUGUGAUAAUGCAAAGGAGAGGAAGGUAAUUGGAAAUCUUAUGGAACAAAAAGUCUCUUGUGAUUGUCGUAAAUUUGAGACACAUGGUAUCUUAUGUUGUCAUGCUUUAAAAGUUUUAGAUGUCAUGAAUAUUAAGUCAAUUCCUGAACACUACAUACUCAAGCGAUGGACAAGAGAUGCAAGAUUGGGAAGUAAUUGGAAAGGGAGGCAUGUUGAAUUAGACAUAAAAGCUAAUUUCAUGAUGCGAUACAAUGAGUUAUGUCCUCAAAUGAUUAAAUUGACCAACAAAUCUUCAGAAACUCAUGAAACUUACACAUUUAUGUCCAAAGUUUGUGAAGAGUCUAGGAAAAUAAUUGAUGAUAUGUUAGCCAAAAAGCAUGUGGAUGGAGAGGUUCAUGUAUCCAUAUCAAUUGGAAAUGAUCAAAUUGAUAAUGUGGACACUGUUGGCAUGGCAAGAGGCAUAAAGGCACGAAAUUGUUCACGGAAGGGUAAAAAACGAUAUUUAUCUUGGGUUGAGAGAUCAGCAAAAAAGACAAAGAGGUACUCACAAUCACAAAAAAAGAAAAAGACACAAUCGUUAUCGCAGCAAACUACAAUCCAAGAGACGCAAUCAAGCCAAGUUGACAAUGAAACUCAACAUCAAGCUACCGUCCAAGCAACGCAAUCACACCAACUUAAUAAUAGAACUCAGUAUCAACGUCCAAGAGACACAGUCACACCAAGUUAA